CAAAACCCUCCAAACUCAGAUUCUCAGUGGUCCGGCAUGGAGGUGCUGGUGUCUGCGCUCAGCCUUUAAGUUGGAAUAAAAGUAACAGGAAGCUGGAUGGAGCAUCCUCUCACAGUGACAUCAGCAGCAGGUUAACCAUGGAGUUUGGAAGAGUUUGGGCCAGAUAUCAGAGAACUUUGCUGAUUACUAUGAUGAUGUUCAAAUUAGGCCUUCUGUGCACAGCAGCAGCCGACAGAUGCUUGUCGUCUCCCUGUAAAAAUGGUGCUACGUGUCUUUACCAUGAGGGGGAGUAUGUGUGCGUGUGCCCCAACUUUCCUGUGAAGUACACAGGCAAACACUGUGAGGAGCUGUAUGACGCCUGCAGUACCACCUCCUGCACAAACUGCACUAGUCAACCGGGGACUGACGAGUUCAUCUGCCACUGCCCAGACGGCUACACAGGUCCCAGCUGUGAGCAGGAGGUGGAUGAAUGCCACAGCAACCCCUGCAUGGGGGUCAGAUCUUACUGUGUGGAUGGAGCAAACAGCUAUGCGUGCCACUGUCCCAUCGGCUGGGCGGGUGAGAACUGCCAGGAUAGUGUAACCACCUGUUCAACACAAGCAUGCCAGAACGGUGGCACAUGUGUGGACGUUCCCGACGCCGGGCACCAGUGUCAGUGUGUUCCUGGAUACCAGGGAGAAAACUGUGAGGAGAAUGUGGAUGAGUGCUGGUCUGAACCCUGCCAGAAUGGGGCCAUCUGCAAAGAUGGGGUCAACGGCUACCAGUGCUUCUGCGUACCUGGAUUCCAGGGUUCCCACUGUGAACUGGACAUCAAAGAGUGCGCCUCUCAACCCUGUCAGAACAACGGCACAUGUCUGGAUGAGGUGGAUCACUACACCUGUGAAUGCGCCCCAGGUUUUGAAGGGAUGAACUGUGAGGUUGAGAUCGAUGAGUGUGAGCUCCACCCCUGUCAGAAUGGCGGCAUCUGCAUCGACCACAUCGCCAUGUAUUCCUGUGAGUGCACGGCCGGAUUCCAAGGCCAGGACUGCGAGGUCAACAUUGAUGAAUGCGCCAGCAUGCCCUGUUUGAACGACGGCAGGUGCAUUGAUGGCAUCAACAGCUAUGAGUGUGACUGCGAUGGGACAGGGUUUGAGGGCGACCACUGUGAGGACAAUAUCCAAGAGUGCGCGUCCGACCCCUGUCAGCAUGGAGGCACCUGCUUAGACGGCAUCAACCAGUACAAGUGUGUCUGCUGGCCAGGCUAUGAGGGAGAGAAUUGUCAGAUGGAUAUCGAUGAGUGUGAGAAAGGUCCCUGCGACAACGGUGGUACGUGCUUCCAGCGCUCAGACGUCCGGAACUACAAGAAUCUCCCUGAACUCAGCGUGACCACGUUCAGUUAUGGCACUGCAGCUGGCUUCAUCUGCCUCUGCAUGGCAGGAUUUACAGGCCACAACUGCUCUGUCAACGUGGAUGAAUGUGAGUCUGCUCCAUGUCAGCAUGGGGGGCGCUGUCAAGAUCUGGUCAACUCUUAUCACUGUUUGUGUCCAGACGGCUUCACAGGUGUACACUGUGAAGAAGACAUCAACGAGUGUGCCAGCAAUCCCUGCAAGAAUGGUGCCACCUGCGAAGACUCUGUCAACUCCUACAAAUGUCACUGUCCCAAAGCAGAGGGCAGUCAGGAGCCCUGGGGAGGGCAGGACUGCGAUGUCAGACUGGUCGGCUGCCUGCAGCAUCAGUGUCAGCACGAGAAGAGCUGUGUUCCCGUCCUGAAGGACGAUGGCGCUCACAGUUACAUGUGCAUGUGUCUGCCUGGCUGGAGCGGAGAACUCUGUAACACCUCCACCACCUUCUCCUUCUCCUCCGAGGGCUACAUCUACCUGCGGCUGCCUGGUUCCAAGAACAGGACCAAACGAGGGGCGGAUGACAAAAGACAGAGACUCCACAUGCAGCUCCGCUUCAGGACCACUUUACCAGACAUGCUGCUGCUCUACAGAGGCAGCAUGGAGCGCUUUUUCACUCUGGAGCUUGUUCAAGGCUCCCUUCAGGCAAGGGUGAAGUCAGCAAGGGUCCUGCAGGUCUCCCAUCCUGGCCCGGUCAAUGACGGGAGAUGGUAUGACGUGACUGUGGCCAUGGACGAAAGGCUGGUCAUGACUGUUACAGGGCCAAACUGUGAGAAAGGAUGCCAGGUAAAGACUCUGGGUCAGAACCACCUGAUCUUUCUCCACCCCGGCUUCUUCCAGGAGUUCUAUGUUGGAGGAGUGCCACAGGAAUACCUGACCAACUCCCUGAGUGGGAAGGGAUUCAUUGGCUGCAUGGAGGACCUUGAAGUUGACCACAAACUGCUGCUGCCCCAAGAUCUCAUCAGAGAGGACAACAAAGACAUGAAACUUGGAUGCUACAAAAAGGAGUGGUGUCAGGACGACCCGUGCAUGCAGCGGGGACAGUGCGUGGACAUGUGGGUGCGUGCCAGCUGCCGGUGUCAUCGGCCUUUCUACGGAGAGCGCUGUGAAGGAGAAUACCCGUCUUGGACAUUUGGCCAUGAGAACACCAGCAGCUACUCCGUCUUUAACAUCUCAGAGAGCCAUGGACAAAACUUCACACUUUCCUUUUUGAUGCGCUCCCUCAAACACAGCGGCCUGCUGCUGCAGUUCCAGCGGGAGGACAAGCCCUAUCUGAGCAUCUAUCUGAAGGAGGGCACUGUGGCUCUCUACAGCCCUACAGUCUACACCACUCUGUUAUUGGAAGCCAGAUCAAUCACCGACGGGAACAAUCACUUGGUGACCAUAAAGGUUCACAAUGGCCAUGUGGACUUCCCUAAGGCCGGACAUCAUCGCGCCUUAGGGAAUGUGAGUGUGGAGGCGGGAGAUGUGGCCUUUGUUGGGGGGCUCCCUGCAGCCAGGAGCAUGAAGGCCUGGGGUGGACACUUCAAGGGCUGCCUGCAGGACAUUCGGCUGGACCACAAACAUCUGUCUGCAGGCACUGGUCCAGAGGGGCUGGAGGCUUAUCAAGGCAGCUCAGAGAAUGUGCUGCAAGGAUGCCAAAGUGACAACACCUGCAAGGUUAAACCCUGUUUUAAUGGUGGUGAGUGUGUGGUCACGUGGAACGACUUCAGGUGUAAGUGCCCUCACAACUUCUCCGGCCAGCGGUGUGAGACGCGUUUGUGGUGCAUUGAGAAGCCUUGUCUUCAUGGAGUGCACUGCAAGGAUCUCCAAGAUGGAUUUGAAUGUCUGGGUGAAGCCACUUUCCAAGACAACUCCCUGCGGUAUUCUGCCUACAGCUCCCUGCAGAGCCCUGUCAACAACAUCACCAUUGACUUACGCACACGGGAUGAGACUGGGACCCUGCUGCGGUCAGAUGGUGGCUCAGAGGUCUUCUGCCUGGGCCUCCUCAACUCCAGUCUUCUAGUCAAACUGGACAGUGGGGCUGGUGCCCCGCUGCUGGCCUUCACAAGUGACAGGACGAUCGCAGACGGGGCUUGGCACCACAUCCAGCUCAGCAUGGUGGAGCCUGCACAGUCUCUGUCUCGCUGGAGCCUCACAGUGGAUGGCCAAAGAGCUGGUGUUAGCUUUGGAGUGGGAGGAAACCUCAACUUCCUCAAUGAAAGCAACAUUUGGCUAGCAGAAAAAUUUACUGGAUGCUUAGGGGAGGUGAGAGUGGGUGGUGUCUACCUGCCACUAGUGAACAUAACAGACGCUCCACAGCAGAGUCAGUUCACCAGACUGGGAGGACAUGAGCCAAUCCUUGGAUGCCAAGGUUCUCCAGUUUGUGAUUCCCAACCCUGUCUAAAUCAGGGCGUCUGCCAGGAUCAUUUCAAUGACUUUAACUGCAGCUGCCGGCCAGGAUGGGAGGGGGAAGUGUGUGAGGCUCAGACGGAUGAAUGCUCUUCAUCUCCCUGUCUCUAUGGAAAGUGUAAAGAUCUCCUGGCAGACUAUCACUGUGACUGCGAGCCAGGAUAUAAAGGAAAAAACUGUGAGGAAGAGGUGGACAACUGCCUGGAGUUCAGCUGCAUCAAUGGAGGAAGAUGUGAGGAAACUGUGGGAACUCAUAGCUGUUCCUGUCCUCCUGGCUUCAAAGGGAAACGCUGUCAGUGGCGUUUCCCUCCAGUUGCAUGUGAUGCAAACACUAAGUGUUUCAAUGAAGGGGUUUGUGUUGGAGGAGACUCUGGAGGCAACUGCUCCUGCAAACCUGGAUUUUCUGGCGCCAGGUGUGAGGCAGAAAUAGACGAGUGCAGUUCCAAUCCCUGCCUCAAUGGUGCGACCUGCCAGGAUCAACUCAACCACUUCAAGUGUGUUUGUGUCCCAGGCUUUCAUGGGAAAUUUUGUGAGAAUAAUAAGGAGGAACAUAGGGAGCGAGUACCGUGGCUGGCAGUGACCAUCCCGUUGACAACCCUGUGUGUGCUACUGGCCAUCCUCAUCGUGUUCUUCCUCAUCAUGACGGCGCGAAAGAAGCGUCAGUCCGAGGGUACCUACAGCCCCAGCUCCCAGGAGGUAGCCGGCGCCCGGCUGGAAAUGGGCAGCGUGCUCAAGGUGCCUCCAGAGGAGAGGCUGAUCUGACCCCUACAGCCCUGGAUCACCAUCAAAGGCGGACAGAGCUGUGCAGUGUGGUGCUGCUGUUAAAUUCAUGUCCUACCAGAGAGUUUUAGGUCAGCUCAGUGACAGGGAGGACUCUGUCAGGUGUACGGGUGAAGAAAACAAACAUCUCAGAGAACCUGGAGCGGCCCUGAUCCUGCCCAUCUUCUUCUGAAGUCUUAAGGAUAAUCUGCCUCACUUACAUUGGAAACAAGGAACCAUUUUUUCCCUGAAGAAGGUGACAAAGUAUGACCGGAAGGAAAGUUUAAUCUACGGAUAUUUUCAGCACCAACACGGUUUCAGGGAACUGCCUCACAUUUAGGAGGAAACAAGAGAUCCUGAACAGUCUUCUGCACUGGAUUUAUUUUUGGGAAUGUUCGAUUUGGUAAAAUAAAGCCUCAAAAUAUGAGGAUGAAACCAAUGUGAUGACAAAUGUAUGACUAAAGACGCGUCUAAAAAACUUUGAUGGACCCCACAUUCAGGGAAGGAAGCUGACCAAAAAAGGACUGUGUGGGUGGAGACCUCCAACUCCUCAAAUAACUGCUGUAUGGGAGCGUCAAUGUGCACACAGCCGAGCCUCCCAUCCUUGACUGUUUUAAGUCUUCAAUGUUGCGUUCUGUGUAUGUAAAUGUGAUGUAAAUAUUAAUGGGUUAUUUCCAAAAGGGGCAAUUAUGGCCAAAGGAAUUGCUGUCAGCGUCUGAGUGUGAAGACUCCCAGCAGCAGAGACGAAAGUUUGAAUGUUUGUUGUGUUAGGUUUGUGGCGCAUUGUGGAAGCUGAAGCUAAAAAAAAAAAAAGGCAGGACAAAUAGGUUUUACAAAGAGACGUGCUUUCAGCGGCUGUACCAGGAUUAAUGCAAUCAUGUAAAUACGAUCGUCGGCUCCACGUCUCACUGCACUGGAAAGCAGGGCUGAUGUAGAAAUACGAGAUGACUCAAUCUUAUGAGUGUCUUAUGUAUAGAGAAAAUAGAUCAUUCUAAUUUAUCGAGGUUUAUUGUAUUUUUUUCAUAGAACAUGUUGUUUCCUGCCAGGAAUUAGGCUUUUCUCUUGUUUUAAAUCUUUGUGGUUAAACGUUUGGUGACUUUAGCGGAGCCCAUUUUCAGUCCAUUGUGUGCGUCGUGUUUAAGAAAUGUCACGUAGCUACUGAGAUGCAAUUUCUGAGAAGGCUGUUGUUGUUGACAGAAGAGUCUAUUCUAAGAGUUUGCAUUUGAAGUCUGAUGCCACUGUAUUUGUUUGUACUCCACAAAGGUCUGGCUCCUCACUUGCCUUUCACUCUGUUCUUACUCAAACUGCCAAGGUGACCAACCCACUGACCCCGGUGCUUUCACGGUUAAAAACAAAGGUGCUUCUCUGACCUGGAUGACAUCGGACGCGCUGCACGGCUUCUUUCUAGUAGGAAUGUACCACAAGUCCCCAAAGCAGGUGAUAGUCAAUAUUAUCAAAUGGAGGGAUUUCAAAUGGAGGAAAGGCAGGAUUUGGAUCCUGUUGCUGAGUCUGUGACAGUGGUUUUGAGAAACCCAUGGUGACUCUGCUUUGCUCACAUGUGCAAAUAUUAGAGCAGACAGAUCAACUCUUGUCCAUUUUCUUUGUUUUUUGUUUUUGUUUCUUAGGUUGUGUUUGCACUAUUACCUUAAUGAGUGAAUGAAAACCAUUGACUGUAUAUAAAAGCUAGACGGAGUGACCCCUCCCCCUUGGCUUUCCAAACAGGAAGUACCCGCUGGCUCCAAGAAUUUAAAAUCCCACAGACUUCUAUAAAAAAAUAAACAGCUGUUACCCAGACAUUCUAUUAGUCAGAAUAAACCUUGUUGCUCUGAUACGUUUUUGAACACGUUCGUGAUAAUCCCAUUUUUUUUCAUGGUAUUUUUUCCAUAGUGCAAGUUAUUUAAGUAAUAAAUUGACCAAUCAGCCGCCUCAGCAAAAGCAGGUGGUCUCGUGUCAAAACGUUUGACAGAUUAUGCGUAUGCUGCAUGUUGACUUUCAACAAGCUCACUCCUGAUUGGCGACGGUAGUUGCCAUAGAAACGUUGACUCAAACCGAUUUUGACCAAUCACUGCUUGUUGACGUCUUUUGGCUCCAACUUGGCCGCGUCUGCUGAUUUCGAUUGUGUCCAAAUCCCGUCACUAUUCACUAGACAUUGCACUAUAAAGGUGUUCACCAUUCUGUAGUGCUGUCUGAAACUACAAUUCAAAAAUCGAGUGCCCUAGGAUUUUCCCAGAAGUCUCCCAGAAAUAUUAGUGCACAUCAAUGCUCACUACAAUGGGUAACAUAGACCACAAUGCAUUGCAAUUGAACAAUUCUUUCGAAAAAAAUGUAUUUUAUUUUUUUAAACAAACCAUCAACUUUUUUAAUCAUCAGAACAAAGUAAAUCCAUGAAUAGUCUUGCUUAAUGUGAAAUAAGUGAUGUCAUAUUCGACAUAAAAAAAAAAAAUAGUGUGCAUGAUGUCUGAAUUGCAUUUCAAAUCCAGGGUAUUACAUUGUAUUUAUUUCGUUAGAGCCAGAAGAAAGUCAUUUUCUCUGAUGACAUCACUCUCACUCAGUCCAGUUCUCACAGACAGUCAGUGGUGAAAACAUGAACUUCAUGAAAUGUUGUGAGUAGCUUGUGAAGAUUUGAUAUAAAAAGUUUAAAGACGACAGUUUUCUCUGCAAACUUCCAGACCACCUAGUGCUUUCUGCAGAAGACACUAUAGAUGUAAUCCUACAUCUGAUGUUUCUCAUAAUGACACUGUUAAUAAAUAUAGGAACUUUGCAUUACUGAGCACAAACAAGUUUUUUUUAUUGUUAUCCUUGUGUUGAAACAACUUAUUUCUUUCUUUUAUCUGGGCCUUAAUUCUGGAAAAACAUAAUAGAAACUCCAAAAAGUCUAGUUUGUCUUUGCUGUCUGUUGAAGCCAAUAUCUCUGGUGACUUUACAUAUUCUGGAAAGUUCGGACACUUUUGCUUUUUUGUUCUUAUCAUUCAUGUGCAAA